AUGGCUCAACAGAUACCCUUCAGCGUCAAACUCAAAACAUGUCUCAAGAUGUGCAUACAAAGGCUCAGGUUUGCUCAAGAGAAACAGCAGGCUCUGGCGAAGCAAGACCGUAGAGAAGUUGCCAAGCUAUUAGCUGAUGGGAAAGAACAAAAGGCUCAUUAUAGAGUGGAAAGUCUCAUCAGUGACGAUAUACAUAUAGAAUUGCUCGAACUACUAGAGCUAUACUGUGAACUCUUACAUGCAAGAGUGAGCAUUCUCAACAACAUUCAAAACGAGGAAGCCUUAAUCACCGAGCAUAUGAAUGAUGGAAUCAACGAGGCCGUUAGAUCGAUUGUUUUUGCGACACUUCAUUGCCCCGAAGUUAAAGAGUUGACCCAGAUGAGAGAUCUAAUGACGCUCAAAUUUGGCACGGAGUUUCUAACCGUUAUCAUUGAGGAUCAAGUUGGUGUACCAGAGAAGGUUCUCAAAAAGUGUUCGCCAGAGCUACCAAGCCAGGAAUUAGUUACGUUGUAUUUGAAGGAGAUUGCACGUACAUAUUCUGUCAGAUUCAGUGAACUUGAGGACGAAGAGGAAGCCGAGGAGGAAACCAGUGAAGAGGUUGAAGAGUCAGGCGAUAUCUAUGAUGACAAGAAGGAAAGUAAAAAACCGAUAGUGGCAGUCGAUAAUGAUGAGAAGUUCACUGAGGAUGGUGAGCACCCAAUCUCAGUAAGAAAACCGAGAAAGAACAGUGAAACUGUAGACAACGACCUGAAGAUACCCAAAGCUAUUCGCAAAGAUGUUAAAGUGAUGCACAAGAAAGUGGAAGAAGACGAUCUAGAUGAAUUGAAAAAAAGAUUUGCAGCAUUACGCCGCUAA